AAAGAAAUGAAAGGGGGUUAAAAUUGAACCAAGUUGGUUGUGGUUGAAUGACAAAAGGUUAAAAAAGAGUGUUUGGAUUGGUGAUAUAUGUGCUUUUUGGGCAGUACAAAAGUGAAAAAAUACCACAAGGGUUAGCAGCAACAGCAACAGCAACAGCAGCAGUAGCUGCACCAGUAGAGUACAUACAGAGAGAGAAAGAGAAAGAGAGAUGGCAGUGAUGAUGAGGUUACAAAGACCUUUAAUCUUAUAACUGACAAAAACACUGCUAACCAUAGCAGUACCAAAACCAGUGGCAUCUAAACAAGGCUGGCAACUUGGCUCUUAUCAUAUAAAGCUCAAAUAAAGGAAUCCUUGUUUGCCACUUUUUAAUUGCUCUGCAAAUUCUCAUCCUCUUCUUUUUCUUCUUCUCUAUUAACCAAAUCAAUAGAAUUGUUUAAACAUAUAUGAGAGAGGGAGUGAUGGGUUAGGCAUAUUUGUUGAAUAAGUUAUGGAAUUUGGGAAGUUGAAUGGCAGAGAGUUUCAGAUUUCAGAGUGGUGCCAGAUACAGAAGAAGAAGAACAAUAGUACAGAAGAGGAACAAGCGUAAUCAAUCAAAAACUGGAAAGAGAAAAGCAGAACAAGGGUCUGAGUCUGGAUCCUCAGAGGAAUCAGCAGCACCAUUAUCAUCCCAACCAAAAUCAAAAUCAAGAUUCAGUUGGCAAAGAAGAAGAAGAAAAUCAAGAACAAUCAGAAAACGAACCUCAGCUUUAUCUUCAUCCUCAACAACAACAACCAUUUUUCAAUCAAAAUCAAUUGCUUUAUGGAAGGUUAGAUUCACAACAAUUACUUCCACCACAGCCUCCGCCUCCGCCACCGAAGAAACGUUCGUAUUUGCCUUCUUCGUCUUCAUUGGGGCAAAACGUCGAACAUGCAACAUUGCGUGGAAAAAUGGGAGAAACGUCAAGAUUGGGUAUAAGGAAUACUGUAGGAGAGAUUGUAGAAGUUCAAGGAGGUCACAUUGUGAGGUCUACAGGGCGGAAAGACCGCCACAGCAAGGUUUGCACAGCCAAAGGCCCCAGAGACCGCCGUGUGCGUCUCUCUGCUCAUACUGCUAUUCAGUUUUACGAUGUUCAAGACCGCCUUGGUUAUGACAGACCUAGUAAAGCUGUGGAUUGGCUUAUAAAAAAGGCGAAACCCGCCAUUGAUGAGCUAGCUGAGUUACCUGCCUGGAAACCUACAAUUGGUUCUGUAUCUGCUGCUGCUGCUACUAACACUAAUAUUGAACAAGAGCAGGCUCAAAAACAGCAAGAAGAUAACAACUUUGCAUUUCAACAAGGAAAUGUUAGUUUGUUUGAUAAUGUUGCUGGCCCUUCAAGUAAAAGAGCAAUGGAGAGUAAUACUGCUAGCUUUCUGCCUCCAUCUUUAGAAUCUGAUGCUAUUGCUGAUACCAUUAAGUCCUUUUUUCCAAUGGGUUCUUCAACCUCAGGUAACUCUUCAGCUAUGCAGUUCCACAGCUUCCAAGAACCCCAUAUGUUGUCAAGAACCAAUAGCCAGAACCAAGAUUUGAGUCUCUCUUUACAGUUUCAAGAUCCUAUUUUGCUUCACCACCAGAACCAGCAAGCUCAACACCAUAACCAAACUAACCAUAGGGAACAAGAGCAAGUGCAGGUUCAAGCACCAGCCCACUUCACAGGAAACACCCCACUUGGGUUUGACACCUCUGGCUGGUCUAUGCAUCAGAGACUUGGUUCUUGGAGUGACAGUAGAGACACUGGCCCUGGUGGUAGUGGUGGAGCAGUAACAGGACCUGGUGGGUACUUGUUCAAUUCGCCACCAGCACCGGCGCUGCUGCAGCAGCUAUUCGGCCAAAAUCAGUUUUUUUCUCAGAGGGGACCCCUUCAGUCCAGUAACACAUCUUCGGUUCGAGCAUGGAUGGACCCAUCAACUAUAGCAAUUGCCUCAGGUGAUCCAAGUCAUCACCAUCAAGCUGUUUUACCAAUGUAUCCAUCAACAAUUCCUGGUUAUGGAUUUGCCUCUGAAGUAGGCGAAUUCUCUGGGUUUCGUAUUCCUGCUCGAAUCCAAGGUGAAGAAGAGGAGCACGAUGGCAUUUCCGAUAAGCCAUCCUCUGCUUCCUCUGAUUCUCGCCAUUGAAUUAGCUCCAAAAAUUUGAUCUUUCUCAAAAUCCCUGACAGGGAUAUGCUCUACUUGAAUGCAAUUGGAACUUACAGAAGUGAUGCUGCCAAAGAGCCUGGAGAUGGAGAAUGAGAGAGUUCAUUAUAGAGUCUGAUUCAAUGGCACAUACACCGUGUCGAAAAGAAUCCUGAUCCUUGUUUCAGGUUCUUCGAUCCGGUCUAAUAUUAUUAGUUAUUUAACUUUCUUGAUUUUGUUCUUGUGUAAUUGAGCUUUUCUAGCUCAACAAGCUACUUUAGGAGUGUUAUGUGUUUGGCCAGACUUGUCAUAUUGCUGCUGUUUGCUAAAAUUUCAUGAUUUUGGAGACUUUCAAGCUAGAAUUGGUAAUGUUUUGUUAGAAUUUUUUAAGUCUUGAAAGCCAUUCUUAGUAAUAGUUCCUGAAUUUGAUGGAGGUUUCUUUAA